UCUACAUCUUCGAGCUAGUUAUAUAAAGCCGCAGAAAAACCCUACCGCUCGCUUUCUGUAGGUAAGUGAGAGACGGAGGAGCAGCUGCACGGAUCUUCCUCUUGCUGCGAAAAUGGUCGCAUACAGGUAUCACCAGUACCAGGUUGUUGGAAGAGCCCUCCCAACUGAGGGUGAUGAGCAUCCCAAGAUUUACAGGAUGAAGUUGUGGCACACAAAUGAAGUCCGUGCUAAGUCCAAGUUCUGGUACUUCUUGAGGAAGUUGAAGAAGGUGAAGAAAAGCAAUGGUCAAAUCCUUGCUAUCAACGAGCAGAUCUUCGAGAAGAACCCAACCAAGAUAAACAACUACGGGAUCUGGCUCCGCUACCAGAGUCGAACCGGGUAUCACAACAUGUACAAGGAGUUCAGGGACACCACUCUGAACGGUGCUGUGGAGCAGAUGUACACUGAGAUGGCUUCUCGCCACAGAGUGAGGUCUCCAUGCAUUCAGGUGAUCAAAACUGCCACCAUCCCUGCCAAGCUGUGCAAGAGGGAGAGCACCAAGCAGUUCCACAACUCCAAGAUCAAGUUCCCAUUGGUGUUCAAGAAGGUGAGGCCCCCGACCAGGAAGCUGAAGACGACUUACAAGGCAUCCAGGCCCAACUUGUUUGUGUAGGGAUUCUCAUCGCGUUUGGUGAAUGUGAAUGAGAGACGCAGCUAGAGUUGGAUGUGGGGGCUGGGUUAUCGAUGGAGCUUUUCUGUUUUUAGAAGACUUGUUUGUUUCAUCAGUUUUGUUGAUUUGGAAGGAUGUUCAAUUUUGGAACCCCAAAGUUGUAGUAGCUUUUAUCAAAUGGAUGAGAAUUGAAUUUUGUGUGGAAGAAGACAUCUUUGCUUUCAUAACUUUGCAGGUAAUUCGGUUUCAUAUCUUAGCUGUUAUAAAAUCAGCUUUAGUAAUCACUACUGAGCAAAUAGUGCUUACUCAAUUAUGAAUAGAUGGCUUUGAUUAGUGAAUUAUGCCAUGGAUUAAUCAUUUAUU